UCUCGCGAUUUCGUAAAAGCCGGAGCCAAGCAGGUGAUGUGAGACCUGCAUGAUACAGUCAGUUGGAGAGCAAUGUGAGAACCACGAACUGCGACCACUGCAACAUCAGCACAUACAACAAAGUUCCAGGAACGAAAAUUGGGUUCCGUGAAGUAGAUGAUGACGUCUGUAUCGGCGCCAUCAAAUGUCCACGUGUCCAUCAUCAGCCCCGUGACAUGCCCUGACCAAGUGCUAGUGUCCCAGGGGGGGACGUCGUCCGCCGUGAUGAACUACGUGCAGGAAGACCGGAUACAGAACUCGGCCAAACUCAUCAACAUGAAGAAUCUGGUGCAGGACGAGAAGCUGGUGGUCGCCACGUUGGCGACGUUACAGUCGGGCGGACCAAGUGACAUCAUCAAGGAGGAACUCAAAUACAUUAUCCAGUCUCGGAGAGUGGCAGAAGGAAAAGGGGAACUUAAAGUCGACUUUAGUCCACCCGAGAAAAAUGAGCUUACGCCAGAAGAACUUAAAAAGGUUGAAAAAAGGAAAGAACAAAAUAGAAUUGCAGCCAGACGUUUUCUCCAGAAGCGACAAGAAAAAAACUGGACUCUGAUUUGUCAACUGGAGCAACUGGAGGAGUACAACAUGCUUCUACGUGAGAAGCUGUCCACGCUGAGUGACGAGAUGCAGCGGCUACGUGGGUCCAUCCUCUCUCACGUCAACACCUGCCCCUGCGACGGCCAGAAUAGUCUUAUGAGGGAACUCAAGCCAAACAGCACACACCUCCCUUUAUGACAACUGAUUCACUCAAUCGCUUUGCUACUGCCAUAAUAUUGCAUCAAAAUGGAAUACCAUCUGCCACUCAGUUUUUGUCUGCUUGCGUAUAGCACAGAAAUGGACGUAUAGCAUUUGAUAACAAAAUAUUGGGGAUGAUUUAGUGGAAUUGAAAAUGUUCUGAAAUUGAAAGAAUCGUGAAAUGGCGUUUAUACAUGGGCCAAGAUUGAUCUCAGCCCUUUGACACUGUAUGACACUGUUGUCAAGGAAACCGACAAAGCUUCUCUAGGUAGUAGUAAUAAUGGGUUAUGUAGGCCGGAUGUCCCAGCUUAAAGGUCAGAAAUACCAACUGACCAGGGUCAAGUCAACAUAGGAAGUCUCGAUGGGUAUGGGAAGGUCAAGAAAAACAGUGUUUGGAUAGAAAGUGUUUUCUACAGAUAUACUUGUUGGGCACACUGUUUACAACAGGUCAAGAAAUGGUUCAAAGGAGAAAAAUAUUUCAAUUAUGCCAAUGAAAUUGAAAUUAGUAUUAUUAUUUUGGGUGGAUUGAAUGAAUGGCAAGAGAAUGUGAUGACUUUGUGAUUGAGGGAGGGGAGACAACUCCUUAUGAGGAGUUAGUCAGUGACAUAUCAUUGAGGGGGAGGUGUUUUGAUACAAAUGACGUUUGUGUUGGAUGCAACCUACACCAAAUGUUGGUUCACCUGUAUGAUGUAAUUGUGUGGACUAAGGAAAGUGCCUGUUUCAGAACUGUCUAUUUUGAACCUGAAUGUGUCAAUAUUGUCUUGGAUAUUGUAACCAGCCUUAAGAGUAAUUUUGUACGUGGCAUUAAAGAAACAUUAUGCAUUUUAUACCAAAGCAAUUAAUGUGGAGAAGUUUUAUAUUGUUUUUGUUUGAAAGUGUUGUACAAUGUUGAAUAUAUUUGUUUUGUAUUUUACAUAUGCUCCAAGCAUUUUAAACAGUUGCUCUAUAAACCUGUUUUGGUGUAUUUUGUUGAAAUUGUUUAUUUGAUACAUUAUAGGGCAUCCUUCCAUCUAGGUCUUGUUACUUGGGAGUACAGUUGAAUGUGAUGUGGACAUUUAUUUCUAUUAGUUUGUUUUGUGUGUAAAUUUGUUUAUGCUAAAGUUUGUUGUUGUAAGUGUUUAUGUAGAUUUCACCGUUUAGAAUCAUGUUGAGAAAAAUUGGACUAAAUUUAUUAAAAUGUCUUUGAGAGAUUUUUGAAACUAGGAUUCAGUUACCAGUAGUGGUUCCUGCGACUUACAUCUCUGUACUUAAGAGAACCCUUGACAAACAAUGCAUUGAUUUCUAUGAUGGAAAUUACAAACUUGAAAACUUGUUUCAUUAUAUAAGGAUGCUGAAUCAAAAAUAAGUGAUAGUUCAGUUGAAAUAACAAAGUUGACUUUCGAAUCAGUUAAGUCAUGUCUGCAGAAGAAAUUUGUAUAUGUGUGUGGCAAUGAUAAUGUUUUGUGUUAUUUUUAGAAAUAUAUACCUUUUGUUUCAAGCCCCUGUUGCAUGAAGAAUACCACUCUCAGCCGCUUGAGCAGUUGGUUUGAACAACUUUUGCUAUAAUUGCCUAAUUAUACGCCUUCACCAAGUGAGGCAUGUCAUGGUGACUGCUACCUCAGCUGAUUUGGCCUUUAAUAAUGACAAGAAACCUCAAAACAAUUGUUUAUAAAUGGUGUGGAAAAGAUGUUGAAAUUACAAGUUAAUUGUAUGUAGUUUGAGAAAAAUAUUUGUUGAAUACCGUAACUGAUGUUGUGUGAAGCCUGGUUGAUCCAUGACUCCUGGAGGAUUAGUCAGGGGGUCUAUACGUGGGAUGUUCCUUCUUAGGACAGGGACCUAGUUAGGAUUCCAAACAAAGUGCCAUUGGCAAGCAGCCUGGGAAAGGAUGGAUAUGUCAUUCUAGUUGGUCUGUGAAAUACAAUUCACCUCAACAGAGCCAUAAUAUUUAUUUGAAAUUGUUUCAUUCCAAUAUUUGAAUUUUUAUGGACAUUGGCUGCAGAGUUGGAGUGGAAUAUCUGAGCAGGUGUAGACAGUUUCCUGUACGAUUCACAGAUGCCGUGACCAGAGAGAGGAAGGUCUUACAUUGUACAGAGUUGUACAGUAACACUCACCACAGAAGUCACUCCUUGCCUCUUGUACUGAUCAGGGCCGGUGGGGUAGACUAGUGGUUAAAGCGUUCGCUCGUCACACUGAAGACCUGGGUUCGAUUCCCCACAUGUGUGAAGCCCAUGUCUGGAGUCCCCCACUGUGAUAUUGCUGGAAUAUUGCUAAAAGUGGCAUAAAACUAAACUCACUCAGUCACUCACUAGUUCUGAUUUCUUCAUCAAUAGUUGAUUCGUGUAAAACAUCCUAAAUCUAAUGCUUCACAGUACACAUUGAGGAUUCUUCUGUAAAGUCUAUAAACAUGAAGGUAUUAUAUUGUGCAGGUCCUUGUAUUGAAGUUUCUAUUUGUGAAGGAGUGCUAUUUACAUCCAUUAUGGUAAGUGUCGUUCAACACUUCCACAUACCGGGUAGUAUGUAAGACGUGAAACUAUUUUCAAACCUCAUGUAAAGAACCUGGGGGUAGCCUCACAUCUUCCAUUGCUGGACAUAGCUUGCAUUGCUGUUCUCGAUGAUCAUAAUUGCGAUAUGAGUUGUUAAAAGAUGGAGAUGAUGAUGAUGAUGAUGAUGAUGAUGAUGAUGAUGAUGAUGAUGAUGAUGAUGAUGGACGGACAUGAAGGAAAUGAAUUAUUUUGUAUAUGUGUGAUUUUGUUUACUAACAUUUUCUUUAUAUAAUUUUACAAAUGUUAAAAUAAAAUUAUAAAACAGUUAAGAAAUGUUUUAAGUACAUAAAAGUUGUUUUAUGUUUUGAAUAUUUGAUUGUUAUCAAUGAUCCAAAAGUUUUGAUUUUAGAAAUGGUCACCAAUAUUGGUUACUUGCGUGUUCAGAAAUAGACAUUGUUAAGUGUGUAUUAUUCAUUCUGUGGCAUAUAUGGUUUGAUUUCGUAUAUUUUCAUUGUAAUAAUCAUUGAUUAAUUUAUUGUCUCUUUGUAUAUGUUGGAACAAGUUUCUAUUUUCAUAAUCCAGAGUAUUGUGUGUAUACAGAUUUAGUGUCAAUGAUGCUUUAUUUGUCAGAAAGUAAUGAUGUAAAACAAUGCAAAUGUAUUAUGUAUGUGCUAUUUCUAAAGAAUAUGUGCACGCCUUAUAACAAGUGCAUAAAUAAGUAUACAGAUGUUUCAGCUGUUUAGAUACUGUGAAUAUCAAGAUAGACAUGUUAGUCAAUGUCUGUUCAGAUUGUCAGAGUUUGGUUUGUGAGAAUAUUUAACUUUGGUUUGGCAUUAGAUAGAAGGUUUGUGGUUGUUAAACACAAACUAGGUACUGGGGUGGUUGCAUAAGCAUUAGCUGUCUUGAAGGUGAGUUGGUGACUGUUGAACUGACAGACCCAGUCAGGUAAAAAUAAGUGACAGAAAUAUUUCACCUAUUGUAUAUUGAACACCCCAAAAAAUGCAAGUUCCAAAUAUAAUUUAUGUUUUGUAAGUGUAGGCUUUCUAUUUUGUAUGAAUUGAUGGGAAAAUGCUGAAAUGACGGCGGAACUGAUGUGUUGUAUAUGGAUUUUGUACAUGCAAAUCUGGGGCAAAAGGGCCUGCAUUUUCUCUCUGAGAUACCCUCGGAUGUCAGACACUGGUACAGUCUUCACACUAGAAGGUCUACAGCUGAAGAUGCUAGAUUGUCAUAUGCACAAUGAGGAAUGGGCGUAGGGAUGUUGAAGUGUUGCAGCUGUUGUUGCCAGGCAGCUGGGACGUCAUCUCACUAAUAUCAGAAGACUUGCACUAGGUCAAACAGGGUUUGUUGCUGAUUGCUUGCAAUCAGGUAUAUCAUGAGUUACAAGAUCUGGGGCGGUGGGGUAGCCUAAUGGUUAAAGCGUUGGCUCGUCACGUCGAAGACCUGGGUUCGAAUCCCCACAUGGGCACAAUGUGUGAAGCCCAUUUCUGGUGUCCCCCGCCGUGAUGUUGCUGGAAUAUUGCUAAAAGCGGCGUAAAACCAAACUCAGUCAGUCAGUCAGUUACAAGAUCUGCUCAAGGUCUCUUUGUAUGAAGCAGUCAUCACAGGAACAGUCCUGAGGUAGCAUCAACAACAGCAGCUGUAGUUCUGGGCCACGGUGGACAGUACCAGCACACACAAUGUGAUGAUGUCUCUAUGCUGCAAAACUCCCUGUUGAUGGUCAUAUUUGGGACCAGUUUUCAGAAACUAGCUCUGUUAGUGACAUUUACAGUGUGUCCAGCAACAUCAACAUCGACGACGUUCCCAAUGGCAUCAAGUUGUCCUUUGAGAUGUGUGUUGCUGCUAGGUUUACAUCUAUCACCAGAUACGAACUGAAUAUGAACGUAACUGGACAUUGGACUGCAGUUGGUAGACAUACUUGCAGAAUCAAGACAGAGAUUAGUGUGUGAGCGGAACCACUUGCCUCGGCCAUUCUUUCAGACACUGGUCACAUAUGAUGUGCUGUUGAACUGCCUGUGUGUUAUCCAAGGAGACAAAACUCACUGCUACAAGAUAUUCGGUGCUGCCAAGGGUAUUUGUCUUUGAUGUUCAGCGACAACUGCCUUCAGCUCUCAUUCUGAAAGUUUAUAUAAAUCUGUGACUGGGUACUAUUGUGAUUGUCUAUAGUUAAAAACUUCAAAUGAAUUUAAGACAUGCAUUACUUCUGCUGUUCAGUAUAAUUAAAUCUGAUAACCUAUUUUUUGAACAAACAGGGUAAACCUAUAGGAAUAACUUUCAAUCAGUUGAUUAGUGGAUUUCAUGCUUAGAAAAUGACACAAGACAUAAGCACAAUAUUUUGUUCCGUGAAAUACAGACAUAUAUAUGGUUAGCAUACAUAGGGCACUGCAAGACUAGUGGAACAAUGAGUGAACCCCAUUUCUGAUGUUCCCUGCUGUGAUAUUGCAGGAAUAUUGGUAAAACUGGCAUAAAACCCAACUCAAACUCUGAGGCAGUUGGUCUUGUGUGGCAUAAUUGUAGCGCUGGCUGAAUACAGUGUUAAACAAUGACUAGAAUGUUAACAGAGGCAGUUGGUCUUGUGUGCCAUAAUUGUAGCGCUGGCUGAAUACAAUGUUAAACAAUGACUAGAAUGUUAACAGAUGACUAUAGUGUUAAAGUAUUACCACAGUGUUAGAGGAUGGGUACAAUGUAGUAGGAUGGAUACAAUGUAGUAGAAUGGAUACAAUGUAGUAGAAUGGAUACAAUGUAGUAGCAUGGAUACAGUGUAGUAGUAUGGAUACAAUGAAGUAGGAUGGAUACAAUGUAGUAGGAUGGGUACAAUGUAGAGGGGUUAUCACAUUGUUGAAGGGCUAUAUUUCCACCAGUACCUCCCUAUUGGUAGAGAUCUAUUUGUAAUCAGUGUAACCUCAAGAUAUUAUACCCAUUUAUUAAAUAAACUACACAAGGAUGUUAAGAAACAUAAUCAAUUGUUUCAUCAACAAAGUAUUGUAAAUCUGCCAUGGCUUAGCACACUGACUACAGCCAUAGGAAGAAACUACGUGUUCUUUACCUUCUUUGAAUAGUAUCCUUAGUAAUUCUUCAACCAUUCCUUAAAUUGUCAUUGCCUAGCAACAGUAAUAUUUUGGUGCUAGGUGUAUCAAGUAAAAUAUUGUUUUCAGGUAGAUGUUUGAAGGUCAUGGGUAUUGUUGGGUUCUGUGGUCAUCUCCAAAUGCCCUCUGGUCAGUAUUCCAUCAGCUGUAGAGUGUCUAACAUGGAUUGCAAGUUUCUGUGGGUCUUCAGAGCAAAAUACGGGGCGGUGGGGUAGCCUUAUGCAUUCGCUUGUCACGCCAAAAGCCCUGGGUUCCAUUCCCCAUGUGGGUGCAAUGUGUGAAGCCCAUUUCUGGUGUCCCCUGCCAUGAUGUUGCUGGAAUAUUGCCAAAAGCGGCGUAAAAUCAGACUCACUCAGAGCACAUUAUUAUCUGUGAAUUGCAGAACAAUGUCACCUGAUUUUGUGGAAACAUGAAUUUUAUCAAUACAUUUUGGAUCAGAGGGAUGUUUUGGGAGAAAUGUUUCGAGAAUUUUGACAUAAUGUUUGAUCAGUAUGACUAUAAUGUUAUUACUUUCUCCAGUAAAUGAGAAAGAAAAGCAACAGUUUUGAUAUGUGAUUGAACUGAGUGAGCUGUUCUCAGACAUUUGGGUUGUCAAGGUCGUUUCACUAUAGUGACCGAUUUCGAUAAUUAGUAACCAUUUAUAGACAGUAUAUAAUGUAGAUUGAGACAGUGCUCUUAGAUUGAAACUGCCAUGGAAUCACUGUCUCACAGCACUGAUUUAUAAACAGUGUAUUUGGGGUUAGUUUUGUAGUGAAAUAAAAUGGUAGUACGUUAA